AGGGACAGAGUGGUGAGCUCCCAAAAGCCAAGGAGUAAUUGUGGUCUCUCUCUCUCUCUCUCUUCCUCUCUCUUCUCCCCCAAGGAACUGGCCAAGUACUUUUUGGCAGAACUGCUCUCAGAGCCAAGCCAGACAGAAAAUGAAGCCCUGGAGUCUGAGGACUUGUCCCGAGGGGCUGAGCAGGACGAAGUGAGACUGGAGCUGGAGCGCUCGGCUAACUCAAACCCUGCUCUGGCACCCCGGGAACGCAAAGCGGGCUGCAAGAACUUCUUCUGGAAAACUUUCACAUCCUGUUAGCUUUUGAAACCCACCUCUCCUCCCCAUCCAUUCCUGCCUUCUUCCUAGCCCCCCGCCCUGAGCAGAACCUUCACCACAAGAGGCGAAGACUGUAAAUACACAAUCCACGGUUAUGGUGAAAUUAAACAAACAAGGAAAAUUUGAGUUUGAUUUCCAGUUGUUUUAAUAAAAAUUUCUGUUCCAAUUGUACAUGAUUCGCUUGAGUUGUGAUUUCUGACUAGUUCUUUAAUGACAUGCACUCUGCAACUCUUUCAGAUGUACUAUUUUUAAUUCUUUGUUGCAAUAAAGUUUAUGUUUCAAACGGUGA